CUACAUUUGUAUACAUUAUAACGACAAUAUAUGUUUCUCUCACUCUCCGGCCAAACAUUACAAUUCAUCCAGUAACGUAGCUUCCACCAGCGGCCACAAACAUGGCCGGCGGCGAAGGCGACACAAAGCCUCUCCAUAUCGCCAUGUUCCCAUGGCUAGCCUUCGGCCACAUGCUCCCUUUCCUCAGACUCGCCAAAAUCAUGGCCAGAAAGGGACACCGGAUCUCCUUCAUCUCCACUCCGCGCAACAUUGAUCGCCUUCCCCAACUGCCUCCAUCUCUCACCUCUCUCAUCAGCUUCGUGAAGCUUCCCCUGCCUCCCGUCGACGGCCUUCCACCUGCCGCCGAAGCAACUUCCGACUUGGAGGGCCAUGACGUCAUCUACCUAAAGCGAGCUUACGACCUUCUCCGGCAACCACUCUCGGGAUUUCUUAGUAACUCCCGUCCGGAUUGGAUCCUCUUCGACCAUGCACCCUUCUGGCUGCCCGCCGUCGCUCGUGACCUCGGAAUCCCGACCGUGUUCUUCAGCAUAUUCAUCGCCAGCGCGUUGGCGUUCACCAGCCCGCCGGCGGAUGAGGAACAAGAGUAUAGGAGAACCGCGGAGGAGAUCAUGGUGAAGCCCAAGUGGGUCCCGUUUGAGUCCGACAUAGCGUGGAGGUAUUUCGAGGCGGAGAAGAUAUUCUCGAUGAUUCUUGGCGACGAUUUGCAUCCCAAUGAGUUUUAUCGUUUUCGUCAGACGUUGAAAGGAUGUGAUUUGAUCGCAGUGAGGAGCUGCCGAGAGCUUGAAUCACGUUGGCUAGACUUACUGCAGGAAAUGCACCGAAAGCCGGUAUUCCCGGUGGGAGAGCUUCCGGCUCCAAUCGAGGAGAUAGAGGGAGACGGCUGGCGGGGUACGGGGGUGAUUAAAGAAUGGUUGGACGGGCAAAAACGGGGUUCAGUUGUUUAUGUGGCAUUUGGUAGUGAGGCAACAUGGAGUCAGGAAGAGUUAAUAGAGAUAGCCAAUGGGUUAGAGUUGUGCGGUCUACCGUUCUUUUGGGUGUUUCGUACCCAACAGAGUUCUGAUGAUUCAAAAUUGCCUGAAGGGUUUGAGGAACGGACAAAGGGGCGAGGAGUGGUUUGGAAGGAAUGGGCGCCGCAAGUGAAGAUUUUGGGCCACGACUCUGUGGGCGGGUUCCUAACUCAUUCAGGGUGGAGCUCGGUGGUGGAAGGGCUUCAAUUUGGGCGGCCGCUGGUGCUUUUGAUUUGUUACAAUGAUCAAGGGCUUAAUGCUAAGUUCCUUCAACAAAAUGGUGUUUGUUAUUUGGUUCCGAGAGAUGAAAGAGAUGGGCAGUUUACUAGGUACUCGGUCGCUAACUCGUUGAAGAUGGUGGUGACAGGAAAAGAAGGAGCAACCUUUAGAAUCAAGGCCAUGGAGAUGAAAGAGUUGUUUGGUGACACGAAAAAGCAUGACAAUUAUGUUUAUGCUUUGUUGGAGUAUCUUGAGGCUAACAUUUCGAGAAAUGUGUGAAGAUAAACUUGGUAAUUGUGACUUUUGAAGAACCUAUUUUCCUUUAGAUUCGUAUCGAUUCAAAAUAUGUGCCAAUACGUAUCGAUUCAUAUAAUGAGUUUUCUUAGGUUUUUUUGUGAAAUCUUAGGUCUUUUCAUUGGUGUGAAGAGUGUCCUUCUGCAUGUUUUCCAAAAGAGGUCGGUCAUAAGAUGAUUCGCUUAUCAAGAAGUGUGUUUUCCAAAUAUUCAGAAAAUGAUGAGGUGCAAUGAGUGAAGUUGGGAUUUGUGAUGUUGAGUUUUUAAGCAUGUAUGAGAUUUCCUAUUCCUCCAAAUUGAAGUUUGUUUUUCUCUAUAAUGUUUUGCGCUUGAUUAUUUCUGUUAUGAAGGCGAUUGCAUGAAGUGGAUUGUGAUGCUCAAUGGCAGUUUGUUGGACGGAAUGAGACACUUGACUCUUGAGCACAUGUUUUUGGAAUGUCCAGUGGCAGUUUCUUUAUGGCAAGCUAUAGCCCUAUGGUCGUCUCACAAUACCCCGACAUACCAUCACUUUGCCCUAAUUUUCUUUUUACGAUAAGUCGAGAAAGAGGCCUAUGCAAAAUGGGUUAUACAUAUAGUUCCCUUGCUUUACAGGAUCAAGAAAGCUAGAAUUUGGGGAAAAAACUUACGACUUAAAACUAAAAUAAAAAUAGCUUAUUACA